AUAUAUAUGUCAGAAAGAUGGAUGUAUAUAUAAACACUAAGUAUUGAUUGCAAUAUGUCAUAAGAUUGUUUUACCAAAAAAAUUUCCAUUGACUUCAAGCUAUCCUAACAUGCGCACUCGAUCUUUACUUGCUUUGUUAUGGCAGAAUUUGUUAUCUUAUGUGCUAUCUUUAUAUUUGCAAAGUCAACAAAAUCUAAUUUUUUUAUUUUGAAAAGUGCUGACUAAAUGUUAUAAUGUAACAAAUUGAUAAAUCUGAUGAUGCGACAGCCUUCAUUUAAUCUUAGUGUCCAUGAAUUAGUUGAGGCGGCCAUAUUUGUAUCGAUUAAAAACAGAAUUCAGGUAGUCUGCAUUGGUUGAACGAUUUGCAUUAGCUAAUUGUCAACAGAGUAAUUACUUCAAAAAAAAGAUUUACAAUAACAUUUAAACUAUGCAUAUUAAAAUAUUGGUGCAUAAUACUUAUUUGAAUACCUUAGCAUUAAAGAGGGAAGACGAUUAAAUGCUGCGUAAAAAACUGCAUUGUCAAGGUCUUGAUGUUUAUUUGGUUAUUUUUAGAACAUGGCCUUGUUCAAGAAACACUGCAAGCAAACAGAUACCUUUCAGUGGCGUUUUAAGAGUCGUGCGGUAUUUCCAAAUGCUGAGAACUCUCACUUCACACAGUUUCACAAUGCCAAUGGACUAUACAACCUACCUACUGUCAUCUAGUCCCCCUGCUUCCAUGCUGGAGCAGAUCUUCUCCAACCGCUGUGAAAAAUUACCGUCAAAUGCACACAAUGUGUUUUCGUUCCCGGAGACAGCAGCAGAAGUAAGCUUGAUGGAGAAUGAAAAGAAGCCUCCAAAAUCCAUUAUUCAGCGCUGCAACAGUUAUGAAGAGGAGGAAAUUGAAUCCUCUUCUGGAUGUUCAUCAGGGCGGGAGUCCCCUACCCCUCCCUCACCCAAAGGUAAAAAGAGGGUGUCAUUUGCAGACAAUAUGGGGUAUGCUCUUGCAACGAUAAAAAUUAUGACAGAGCCAUCAGAUGUACCUCCGCGACUAAAACCAGAAAUCCUGGCUUCCAUCACACAGGGGGCUACAGCUGGUGUUUCCUCGGGGCCUCCCCUUGUUCUGGACUUUAAACAACCAGCAUCAGACUAUUUAAGUUUCCGAGACAAGCUGGAUAAAUUUUUUGUUUCGUUAGAAAAUGUCAUUAUUAAAGACUACACUGUUCUGGGCACAGUCAAGGUGAAAAAUAUUACUUUCGAGAAGAAGGUGUUGCUGAGGUGUACCUUUGACUCUUGGGAGACACAUAUGGAUGUGGAAUCAAAGUAUGUUUCUUAUUCAGACACAAACACAAUGUUUGAUACGUUUUCGUUUGAGUUUGAAGUGCCCACCAAUUUUGACCAGCAGAAGAAAAUGGAGUUUGCAGUUUGUUUUGUAGCAGAUGGCAAAGAAUACUGGGACAAUAAUGAGGGCAAAAAUUACAAAAUCUUUUCUGCCGACGCCAAACCAUCAGACCAUGCUGAAGAAGCGGCAAAGCCAGUAUGUGAUAUCUCUAAAUUAAAAAAUGUGGAGUCAUGGACUCAGUUUGCACCUUGGAACAAAGUAGACACUUCUGUACCAUAUUGGUAACUAUGGUGGCCAGUCUCUUAAUCCUGCUUCAGACCUUGUGAAGUGCAUUAGAGAUUAGCAAACUGAUCGUGACUGUCCACUUUUUCAUGUGUUGCAAUGAAGAACUGCAGAUCUGUGAAUCCGGUCCGAGGGUGUCGUUCCUUGUAAAAAGACAUUCACGUUGCAAUGUUCAUCUGUCCGAUAGACGUGUGAAUACCAAGGUUGUGUUACUGAGCUGUGAUGCCAUCAACUGCCUGUGUGAAACGCUGCAGGCAUCAGACUGUACAUUGACUUGUAAAUUCUGAUAAAAUUACAAGGUGUACAUAGUAAUGCAUACUAAUACCAGUAUUGUAAAAUAUUGGUCAAUAUGGAGUGUUUUUAGUUACUUUAUUACAAAUAUAAGUGUACUUCAAACAUCAUAUAUACCACUUAGAGAUACAGAUGUCUUGUUUUGCUUGGGUACCAAGUUGGUUUGAAUGUACAAUCAUUGGUGCAUGCAGUUAUCUCAAAUACAAAAAAGCACUGAUUCUACAAAAAUUGUCCUUCAUAGACACAGUGAUUGAUUAAGCUUAAAAAUAUAAUUUUAAGUGAAUUUUUUUACUAUACUCUACAAAUUUAUGUUGCCGUGCAAUUUUUGUGAUGUUCUUGUAGCUAUGUUGAAAAAACACACAAAUUGUGUUGAAUGUAUACACCUGUGUUAUCAAUGUACAUUAGGAACAGGUAUUCUGUAUUUCAUUGAUAUAGGGCAAUGAUGAACCUUGCUGGUUUGUAUGCUCACCAAAUGGGCAUUAAAUAUAUAUAUAUACAUAUUUAAAAAAACAGUAUAUAUACAUGUAGCCUCUUCUUGACACAGGAACAGUUGAGUUUGUAAGGGAAGACAACUCCAUCUUCCAAUUCCCUGAACAAGUGAAAGUGCCAUUGGAAUAUAUUGUCUGAAAACUGGCAAUUAUUUCCCCAAAGGUUAUGUAGGUUAGGCCUUUUGUUUCUUGCUUUUUGAUUGUUUUUUGAUUCAUCAAUUUGAUAUUUUUUGUUCUGUAGCUUUAACAAUCAAAGAUGUAGUUGAUUCCUGAGAAAAGCAAUUUUUGUCUUUCAUUUUCACAGUAUCUACUGAUAUAUUUUCUAGUUUUCCUCUUUUAAUUUUUUUUUAUUUUGAAACAAAUCAUGUGAAUGAGAAAAAUGUCAUAAUGGUACAUAGAUCACUGGGGCUGAUGAUGAUAAAUCUGUCUCAGUGAAUACAGACAGGCACAGACUUACUCAGUGUAAUCAGUAAUCAAUUUAUGGCAGUAUAUGAUAAUGUAUCAAAUAAUUCAUUCUCAUCAGGAUAUAAAACUACUCCAUUUUUUUUAAAAAUAAGCAGAGAGGGGGAUGUACAAGUCAUAAUAAGUCAUUACAUUAAACCUGUCCCAUGUCUGCAAGCUUUACUUUAUAUGAUGAGUAACAUGAAGUGACUGUGAUAGAAUGAAGAAGAUCCUGAUUCCAUGUGUAAAUAGUCAAUACAAUUGUAAUCCUCUUUACAGAUAGACACAUAUGCAUGUAUGUGUUUGCUGUUUGUGUGUAUAUAUACAUAUGUAUGGUACAUACAUAAAUUGUUGUUGGGUGCUAAAACAUUGUAAAUAAGUCUUUAUAUCUAUAAUCGUUAAUAUUAAUAGAAAUAAUAUAUUUUUAUCAUGUGUGAAAGUAUUUGCAGCUGCAUUUAAAAAUACAUAAGUUUGUGUGAAUACAGUAUGGAAGAAUUUGUCUGGGUCAUGAAUAUUAAAGAUCUGUGUUUUUCUGAAUUUUGUUUCUGUAGAAAAAAAAGAUCAAUGAAAUGCAAUAAAAACUCAAAAGACA